CCAUCUUAACUGGAUUUACGUUUUGAUCGACAAUGAUUCCUCGUCUCGGCGACUUGGUUUGUUUGGUGGUCGCUAAUAAUUAUUGAGAGCAACUAUGGAGGCUUAUCAAUUCACUUUUCUCUAAAUCUAGAUUUGAGCCUGAGGCUUUGGAAAAUACGUCCAGAGUUUGGAUGGCCAGUGAGAUCUGACCUUUCAUUUACAAGCAGUGGCGUCAUCUGCUAGCUGACUUAUGAUAAUAUUCUGGUUCCUAAUUUGCAAACCCUGAAGCCUUGAACGUCUUCUGAGCGUGGCUCAGAGAUCUGCGACUGUUAUAACAGGAGGUGAGGCUCUAAACGCCCAAACCUUUUUAUGGUAGAUGUUGGACAUGUCCAUCAUUUAAGGAGACAGUACAUCUAUUAACUUCUGUUCACUGCAUUCUGAUUGAACCCAAACAUUUUACUGCAGAGCCAAACUGUUUAAAUGUUUAAAAUAUAAAAACAUAUUCCACUGAAUCAAAGACUUUCUGGAAAUCCAGAACAAGACAAAACAAUCAUAAUUAGUUAACUGGGGAUAUUCAGUUAGAUCCAGAACCAGUUAUUAUUAGUUCAUCUACCCUUUAGAAGACCAGAUUCAACUAAUUACAUCUGAUAAAUGUAGUUUUGAUGGAGCUGCUAGAACUUUAGUGAACAUUGUAUGACCUGUAUUGAGAAGUCUGAUUGGUCUUGUGGUGAUGACAUCCUGCUUCAUUAUUGUCACAAGUUCUUUUUGCUUAACGCUUCCCAAAGCUGCACCAAACAACAUUUUUGUUUUCUCCAAAGAAUUAUAACAGUUAUAUUAAAAAUGUAGCAUCAGGGGCUCUAUCUGAUGCUACACUUUUAAAAACAUAGUCAAAUUGUUCUACACUGAAAUGUUCUUAAGUGUUUCUAAAUGUUUUAUCAGUGGUGGGAGUAACAUUUCUGAUUGUUAUUAUUUUUUAUUUUAUUUUAUUAGAUUCGAUGCUUUUAUUGUGAAGGGGAAACUUCCGGUGUAACUGUUAACACAAAGACAGCUUAACGGCAGCCAAAAGCCCGAGGACAAGUUGGAGCUAAAAUGUUUCGUGUUGCUAGCAGCCCGUUUUCUAGAAGCACACGGUUUGGCUGAUUUUGAAAGCAGAAGAAGAGAGUGGAGCCUCUGAUGUGUCACUUCCUGCUGCGAUGCAGAGUUCAGUCUGAGAAGAAGAAGAAGUUGAUGUGGAGGAUCAUCUCCUCGCUGUGACCAACAUGAAGCUGUUUCAGUUCCUCUGGAUCCUCCAGCUGAGCUCGCUCUCUCCAGCUCUUCUUGAUGCUUCCGCUCCAGAUCCUGGGGUCCAAGUGGCACCUGAAGACAUGGACGACGACCCUUAUGUUCAUCACCUCAACGCUACAUGCAGGUGGACUCUCAGGAUGCCUGGAAACAGGAGUGGGGAGGCGGUUCCACUCCCACCGGAUUUUUUAGACACUCUGGCUGAGUGGAUCUGCCAGGACCUUAAAUGUGGAAGAGUUUAUGCUGUGAAUAAAUUCAACCUGCCUCCCAAAGACAAGUGCUUCCAGGACUGCGUGUACCAGAACCAGCGUCUACAGAGCUGCUCAGAGACGUUUACUCCAGGAUGCAUCGUGAUCUCAGAAGUGGUUUGUGGUCAUCAGUCCGUUCGGCUGAAGGGAGCUAAGGAUCAGUGCGCCGGGCGGGUGGAGGUCUGGAAGGACAGGAUGUGGGGCACGGUGUGUGACGACAGAUUUGACCUGAGAGAAGCCAACGUGGUUUGCGCCCAGCUGGGCUGUGGGACCGCUCUAAAGGUGACGGGUCAGAAUGGAUUGUUCCCUCCAGGGAGCGGACCGAUUCACCUAGACGAGCUGAACUGCACCGGGAACGAGCAGAACCUGUGGUUCUGUCCGGGUGUCCAGGAAAACUCCGACUGCGGACACAAAGAGGAUGCUGGUGUGGUGUGUUCAGAUUCAAAGGCGUUUUUUGGAGUAACCACAGAAGUUGCUCCAGAUGCUCCUCAGACUGAGUUGAUGACCACAGCUCGUCUCGUCGGCGUUCCGUCGCCUGAACGUCUCAGCAUCGUGGUUCUGGCUCUUGGACUGCUUGUUUUUGCCAUCCUGAAUUUGGUUCUGUGCUGCCUUUACAGGCGACGGCACGUCUUGCUCCUGCAGCAGACUCGCUCCAAGCAGGCGGCGCCCAGCGAUCCUCCUCAGAACCUCUACAAGGCGAACCAGAACCUGGUGAGAGCCGGUCCCGUCCCGCUGCAGGCCGCCGUCCCGUCCGAGUCCAGGACCGCGUGGAGCCGGACCAGGAGAGCGGACAGCGAGUCGGGAGACCCGGACUGUGAGCCGUCUGCCAGGAUGUCCACCUUUUACAAUUCUCAGAGAUACAGAACAGACCUGAAGCCUUCAGCUCUCAGCAGCCUGUGUGAGGAAGGCUCCGGCGCGGCCGCAGACGCUCAGUUCGGCCGAGCGUCCAGGAUCUCGGAGGAUUCCUUCGACUCGUCCAGCACCUCGUCUGGCGAAUGCUACGAAAACGUGAUUCCUAGCCAGAACCCGACCCGGUCAGGCAGGUCCAGAAGCCAACAGAACCUGACAUCAGAAUCGGGUCAGAACCGGGCUGGGAGCCCGCCACCCUACACAAACACUGGUUUCCAGUUUGCACUGGGAGGGAAGGGGGCGGAGCCAAGCUCAGGUAAAGGUCAGCGAGAGACGACCUCACACGUCCAUCGGCACGAUGCUGACGCUCCUCUGUCGCUAGGUGAUGAUGAAGAUGAAGAUGAUUAUUGUCCUGUGAGCCCAGACUGAAAACCUUCAUCUGAUGAUGAUGAUGGGAAGGAAGGACAGCCCCGCCCCCCCAGAGGAACAUUCAUGGAUUCAUCUUCAGAUUGUGAAACAAUUAGAAGCAGAAAUCAGAUUUUUAUUCCUGACCAGAAAUUGGAUCAGACUUUGGUCCAAUCAGCAGAGAGGAGCAAACUGAGCGCGCUCAGUGUGUCAGGAGGCGGAGCCAGUCAGGCAGCCAUGUUGAAGGAAAGUUGAGUUUAAUGGUGGUGAAAAAUGUCCAUCGUGUGGCUCAGAGCUCCAGAUGAAUCAGGAUUUAUUUACUGUAGAAUCAUUUAAACUCUGGUUUCAGAUCCUAUGAAUUCAUUUCAUUUUAUUGAACGUCUCAGAUUUUUGCUCAGGAACGUUUAGCAGAAUCUCCUUUGGUCAUUUUCUCAUCAGAUCUUUUCUCCAUGUCCAUCUGAAAUGUUUCCUUUUCUAACUGUUUAGUUUGCAGCUGAUGACACUUUAAAACACAUUCAGUUCUUUUAAAUCAUGCAAACUCUUUGGCUCAAAAUAAAAGGUUCAAAACUCAGAAUGCGCCAAAGAUAUAAAUUAAAUUUACACAACCGUC